AUGUCCGCCUCAUACUACGAGCCUCAGGGCUGGCAAGCGCCCUCGGCGCGCCAGGUGUCUUGGGAGCAGCCUGCGCCCCCGUCACGGUCAGGAUCGAGUUCUGUGUCCCAACGUGAGGAGUCUCCGGCAUUUUCUUCCCAGUUCGACGAGGUUGACCGCGCCAUCGAUAACCUUGUCAAGAGCGGCAAGUUGUGGACUGCUCCUCGACGGGAUUCCAUGCCGAUGAUGAUGGGCCGUCCCUACCCCGAAUAUGAGCUGACUCUGUUUCAAGACCCCCGCUCGGCCUCGUCGAUGCCUCCCCGACACCACUCGAUCAGCGAGUUCGACGGUGCUCGCAUGCACCCGUCCCCCAACCUUCAGGGGUUCUACGCCGCCCAGCGGUUUCAGGGUCGCCCCGGCGAAAUGGAGCAGAUGAUGCAGGCGAAGCGUCGGAUGGCAGCGCAGCGUGAGAGGGAGCUCCGCAACUACCACCAGGAGCAGCAGUACAACCGAAGCCUUCUAGCCGAAAUGUCUGGAACCAAGUCCGACCGCUCCGUCAGCCCGGCCGCCAUGAGCGAGGAGAGCCGUCGCGAACUUCUCACCCGUCAGCACCGCGCCCUCUAUGGCAACGAAAGCCCCGCCUUCUUCCCCGCUGGCAGCUUUGACGACUCCUCGCGCCCGGACAGCCAGGCCGGAGCGACCCCGUCUUCCGGCGUGCGCGGUUCCUCCCCGCGCGGCGUCGACCCUUUCGCCCCAGAUAACCAGGUGGCCGCCGCCCUGCAGUCACCUUCGCGCGCCAACAGCACCUCGUCGCCCAGCUCCGGCGUCAACGUCAACCAGGUGUACGGUAAGCUGGACAGCAGCGUGGACGGGCCCGUGACCUCCACCUCGUCGCCCACGGGUGCCGACUCGCCCUCCGCCCGUGGCGGUAGUGUUGGCAGUGGCCCCAGCGGCGCCGGACCGACCGCCAAAUCCAACAUGGUCGGUCCCAUCGGCUCGUCUCGCCCAGGCCCGCCGGGCAGCGGCCCCGGUGGCGUAGCGAUCAACCCGUCGCUGAACAAGCGCUCGACAACCCCGCUGCCCUCGCCGCUAGGCUUCGGCUUCUCCAAGGAUGCCAUGGCCGGCGGACCCAACGAGCGUUCCACCUCGUCCGCCUCCAACAACCCGCCCAGCUCGGCUGCGGCAGGUCCUUCCGGCGGGGCCAAGGAGUCUUCUUCUUCUUCCUCCGUCGGGCUGGGCUGGGGGAACAGCAGCGGCGUGUGGGGGAAGAACGGCUUGGGCGUGCAAGCUUCCGUCUGGGGAUGA